CGCUAUGCAGAGGACGUUUAUAUCCUCUUAUCCCCAUCCACAUAAACAAUCAUAAAUAUCCUCCGCUGGAGUCAAAUGUCCCUCAUCCUGCAGGAGAAAAUGUCCUCCCGUGUCCUCCUCGCCGCUCUGCUUAUCUCUCCUCUCGUUCUGGGUUGGGAUUUGCUGGGAGAAAGAGAGAAAGUCCAGACAGUUUGUGUCGGGAAGGAAUUCCGUCUUCCAGUGGACUCAACAUCUCGAAUUGUGACUUUUUCACCCCAUCCUGAUGGACCGAGACACGUCCUCCUGGAAAAAACUACUGUGAAGGACCCCCGCUUUGAGUGGACUCGAGAUAAGACGCUGGUCCUGAGAGAAGUAACUCACAGUGAUCAGGGUCUCUACGCCAACAAGCUGUCCAUUGGGUUCACUUACGAGACGGUUCACUUGAUUGUUUCAGAAUGCAUUAAGCCCUACCGUAAGAACUACGGGGAGAACUUCGAGCACAGUAUCCCUGCAAACGGCUCCCUGCUGGAGUUUUCCCCUCGAGGGGCUCCCCCUGAGGCCAUGCCGGUCAUCCUGUGGAACCGGACAGACCCCGAAACCAGCGACGCGCGCCGAGGGCGACUGCUGCGAGGGGGGAAGGUGUGGGUGGCGGAGAGAGUGACACAGGCAGACCAGGGCAAUUAUACAGUGAGAAACGAUGAGGGGAAGGUGCUGUCCCGCAGCACCCUCACUGUCCGCGGCCACUCCUUCAAUGUCACACGCUUCACCAGGGAGUCUCUAAACCUGCCCUUGUUUCUUCCUGUCCCUCAUGCCCAUCUCAUUUUCACCCCUUCCCGAUAUCCCGACGAGUCCUCGCUCGGCCCUUUCGAUCCCAAACCCCCGCGCGGCCCGGUGCAGCUGAUCCGCGAGGGCCAGAUAACUGACCAUGACCUCCGCUACAGGGGCAUCAUCUCUCUGAGCAGGAAUGGCUCCAUUAACGAAGUUGUCAUUACCAGACUGACCUCGAGGCACGACGGCCUCUACGAAAUCAGAGACGGUAACGGCAACCUGGUGUCGUCCACCGUCCUGCAGGUCAUCGAUAAAAAGGUGGGCACCUGGCGAGCGCUGCUCAAAUCCAUAACGGUCCCGUCCGGCAUGUUUGUGUCACUGGCCGGUUUCAUCCUGUUCAUGAAGCGCUACCCAAGCUGCAGCCUCUCGCAGAUCAUCACAGGGUUAAGAACAAACCGUGCGCCACAGGCCAACCCACCCAGGGUCAACAUCCAGGAGUACAGUCAGCCGUGUCCUCAGCCGUGUCCUCAGCCCUCCGGCUACUACAGUCAUCCUCAGCAGCUUGGGACACCAAGAAAAUGGACUCCGCAAGCCAGUCCUGUUCACACAGGUUAUACUCCUGUUAUGGUAAGGAAUCCAAGAGCUGAAAAUGAGGAAUCGCAGAGACUAACAGCUGAAAACUCUCCAAGUCAUAAUCUACCUGUGGAGCAGGACAGAUCCAGUGAGGAGAACAGAUUUUCCAUCUCUGUGGCGGGAACUUCAGAUUGCCUCCACUCAUCUGACGACUGCGUCCGAUUCCAGAUCAAGAAGGACGGCGAUGAACAAAGAUGGAGCGCAUCGCACGAGUUCUUUUCUGCACUGCCUUUGGACACGGACACGUCUGAAUCAUGCAGCGUUUACACAUCAAAGAAGCUGAACUUUUUAUAAAUGGAGCUGUGAUGGCGGAGGGAGAAACACGAGGCGCGGAGAAACUGACAGGAUAGGAGAACGUCAAGCUGAAUUUAAGCUGUUAUGCAAAAGAAGGACCUCACUUUUGCCUUUUGCACAGUUGACAUGGUUUGUUCUCAGAAUCUCUUGUAAUGCUUUCAUGUAAUUUUCUCCUGAAGCAUGACUUGAGAAUGAACCUUCCUGUCUCAAGUAAUACCAGUACAGAUGGAUGAUGUUUGUGAAAUAUCUUGCUGUUACCUACCUCCAGACCCUCAGGACCAAUAUGAUCUGCACUGUAUCUUCUGAGUGUCUAUGUGUGUGUUUGUGUUUAUGAUAUGAUCUUUAGGGCUACGUGAUAAAUAAGGUGUUGAUAACUGAAGUUUGCAACAGAGAAAUUCUAAGUACUGUACAGUAAUAUUGAGUUAGCUAAAGUACCCUUCCUUGUUUUGACCAUUCCUAACUUCAACAGCAAAUAAUGAUGUUAAAACGUCUGUUCUGAAGUAAAAUCUAUUUUACAGGUGUAGUGAAUUUACCUUUGAGGCAAUUGUAGUAAUAGUCAUGUGACAAGUUAACAUGUUUCGCCGGAUAUUGCAAUAGCCUGUUGAUAUGUUCAUGUUGUAUACAAGGCACUAUAUUAAUCACAGUAUCAUUUCAUCUGAAGACAAGUUGAAACUACUGCUUGUGAUAUUUUUUCAUUACUGACAUGUCAUGUUUCAAACAAUAAACUUCAUC